AUGGUCAGCGGUGAUUCUGACAGGCUUAAAAAAUGGCGGACUAAAUAAACCAACGAGUAAACCUAUAUGAAGAAGCUUAAAAAAACUAAUUUUCUACUCUAAUUAACGCAUGUUAAAAUGUCUAAGCUUAACAAAAAGCAAGUUCUUGGAAGAUCUCGCGCGAAAAGUUUGGAAUCGGUGAAAAAUUUGAAUUUUUGGGGAAGCAGCCUAUCCGAUGUUUCUCUAGUUCGUGAGCUACCUAAUGUAGAAGUCUUGAGCUUAAGUGUUAAUAGCAUUGCCAGUCUCAAGGAUUUUGCAUUCUGUCCUAGACUCAAAGAACUCUAUCUUAGAAGAAACUGUAUCAACGACCUUAAGGAGAUUGGUUUUUUAAAGAAACUACCAAAGCUAAGAGUCCUGUGGUUAUCGGAUAAUCCUUGUUGUACAACUGAAAACUACAGAGAAACUGUACUAAAAAAUCUUCCUCGUCUCAUCCGUCUGGAUAAUGUUGCUGUUGAUGACACUGAACCACUAUUGGCGAAGGAGAAAGGUGCUGAGAUUGACAUCCCUGAUGGCCUUCCUGAUCAUGUUGACCUUGGGGAAACCAUCUCAUCUACCAUGGGAAGUACUAGAAGCACUGAUCCAGGACAGUCUAUAAGGAAAGAACCACCAGCAGAUCAAAGGGUUCCUUCGGUUAACAAUGAGCCUGAUGUCGCAAGAGAAAGUCUUGUUGAUAAAACAAAUAAGCUCCGUGCUGAGUUGGGAUUGAAACCACUAGUUGUGGAUGAACCAAAGCCAUCUCCUAAGUCUCCAACCAAGUCUAAAUCUCAGACUGACAGCCGGCCAUCAUCUUCCUCUUCCCAAAUUUCUGAAACCAGAAGUAACAACAUUCUUACAGCAGUGUGUGCCCUUGUUAAAGAACUAGACAGAGAGAGCCUGGAAGAAGUCAAGUUAGAAGUAGAAAAACGCUUGCAUGACUGUAGUAGUAAUGCUGAGCGAGAUAGUGAUGGAGGCGCUGACAACAAGCCUCUUGUCCCAGAGAUGGACUGAUAAACAAGGUAAUGUCACAUUAAAGACCAAUCAUGUGUGGCAGUGUUCAAGAUAUAUAGUGUAAAUAAAUUGUACUGUAUAAAA